GACUUGUAAUUUUAAGGACUGAGUAUAUACAUGUGUGCAUCAUAAGAUGGGCUGCCACACUGAGAUGUCCUCAGAAGCAGAGCAAAGUCUUCAUUGCUGAGUAUGCAGCAUUUAUUUAGUUUAACUUGGUACAAUCAACUACAGCUAAGAACUAAACGGUUAAGAAUUUGGACAGAGCUUAUGAGGUGCCUCAAUGUUACUGGGAACUCAAGCAGAUUCUUAAAGGUGACAAAGAUUUCCAGCUUUUGUAAUGGCGCACUUAGUCAGUCAAAGUACUACCCAGCUACAGUUGAAUCCUCAAGAACUAGCCCUCUUUAUUGCUCAACAAGCAAAUACCCAAGCCGCUUUAGACAGGAGGAACGAGGCUUUCAAGAAGCUGGUGGUCGAGGUGCAAACGAGCAAGGAGGAUGCAGAACGUUACCGUCAAAAGGCCAGAUACCUAGAGUUGGACGUGGCUCGGACUGAUGCCCACCUGGCUAAGAUGCAGCAGUCAUUUGCGCAGGAGCAGCAAAAGAAUGCAAAACUUACUGCCAGAUUGGACGAAGUGCAAAGAGGAGAGAAGAUUUUUGAUAGAUGCCGCACAGAGGAAGAAGAGGAGGAGGGCAGGAUGGAUAAGAUCUACCCCCAUGGGGAGAUCCACAAGCCUCAUCAAAGGACCAACAAGGAUCAACACAAGGGCUAUCGCGGCCAGCGUGGUGAUGAGCAAACAAAUCGUGCUGCCCCUUUCCAGGCCCUGCACGGUGUGUCCUACGAGCACCAUGAGCUCCUGCUGCAGCAGAUGGUGAGGAUGAAGCAGGAACUGACCCGACUGGCAGAGAAGAACGGCCAAGACGUGGACAAAAUCCUGGAAGCAGCACGAUACAAGGAGAUUAUCGAGAAGCUGCAGGAAGACAUUCAGGAGAAGGCGAACGAGAACGAGCAACUUUUGGAGAAGAUUCAACAACUGUGCACCGAGGAUGAGGGGCCCAUGAGUGAAAUAGUCAAGCUGCAAUUCAUGAACGAGAAACUCCAAAAGAAAUUGAACCUGAGCCAAGUCAUGAUUGACACCCUAUCCAAACGCUGCGAGGAGCUGAAGGAGGAGCACAAGAAGGCUGCCCCACCUAACCAGAAGGAAGACGGCCACGCCCCUGACGAUUCCAAAGUCUUUGUGCCCAUCCACAAGGAGGAAAAGACCGAGAGUGCCACCGAGGGGCAGGAUAUGGUUGAUGGGGGCGUGUCUGUGAAACAGCUUGAGCAACAGAAUAAGCGACUCAAUGAUGAGAUGGGACUCCUGGACACCCAGCUGAAGCAGGUGACCGCGGACAACAAGCUGCUGGUCAAAGAGCGCCAAGAUGCCGAAAAGCAAAGAGAGAUUUUCGAGCAGCGCUACAACGAACUGAUGCAGACACUGCAAGACAUCCAGCAGAAGCAGCGGCAGUGCUCCAAGUGUCGCAGCCUGGAGCUGGAGAUCACCAAACUCCGACGAGAGAUGACCGACCUCAAGGAUAUCAACGAGCUAGUGCAAGCCCAGAUGAAGCUGUACGAAGAAGACCUCCGACAAGAACAGAUGGAGGCAGCCAGCCAAAAGCAGAAGAACAACUUCCACAUCGAGCAGUGGAAGAAGAAUUGCCAGCGGAUGGGUCAACAGGUAGAUCUCCUGACUGCUGAUCUCCGCAAAGAACGGGAGGAGAUCCGGAAGCUGAAGUAUCAACUGAGCGUGCUCAAAUCGCAAGGGGGCCGGCCUGCCAUGUCCCUGGCAGCGAACUUCGCCAACUCCCGCUGUGCCCCGCUGGGCCCCAAGAGUUCCCCUUGGCAGGAGGGAUUCCAUGACAUCGAGAUCGAUGGGCCGGGAGUUGAUGUCCCAGACGUGGGGCAGGACAUGUCUGAUUCCAUGGGGGAGUUUCUCUCAGCCAGCUCACACGACCUAGGCUCCGAUAGCAGCAGAUACCGGUCGGUGCCCACGGGCUCCUUUCUCCUCUCGAACAAGCCGCUGGAGUGCCCGCGGUGCAAGCGGGAGUACCCAGCUGACCGGCUGGAGGAGUUCCAGCGCCACGUCAACAAGUGCAUUGAUAGCUCCUGAGAGUCUUUGGUGGUUUUUUCCCUGUCCGCUAGAAUGCUGGAGGAGAGCUCAUGGAAUGGAAUCGCAAGGAAGAAAUUGGUGCAGGGCCUUGGUGAAGGAAUUAGGUAAGAUGGAAGGGUCAUAUUUAGCAACAGGUCCUUAGUGAAGAAGGUUAAUCACAACAUUAUCCGUUUAAUCUGAAGUGUAACCAUUUAACGUCAGUAAAUUAGCACCUAUGACUGUUAUCCGAGACUUCACCUUUUUAAUUAAAGCUAUGACGUUAACCUCAUAAGAAUUAACACAGAGUUCUUUACAGAAUAAAGUGACAGUUUGUAACGUCUACACGUGACGUAAUCAGUUUCUCCCCCCCCAAAAAAAAGAAUUAAAUCUCAGUAAUAACCCUGAGAAAUAAUUUAAGUUGCCAGAAAUCCUCCCAUUUUUUUAAUUACUGUUGUUACUUUUAUCAUCAUUAUUGAGCAUUUCUGGUAAUGAAACCCAAGAUUCCUCCUAAGGGCUGAAGGCACUGUAGCUUGUAAGCCUGAAGAAACUUGUAGGGAGGAGAUGAAGAGAAGCAGGCACACUUUUAGAGGUGGGAGGAAAACCCCAGAGGAAUAUUCUGGGUAAAACCCACGGAAUCAGGUUGGGACUGAAAACCCAAUCCACAUGUGGACCAGACUGAGAGUCAAACCCGGAGUACAGAGGCGAGAGGCUAAGAAAGAACAACUAUACACGUACAGUAUGUACAUCUACAUCAACCUGAAAUAUAUUCCAUUCAGUCCAGAGCAUGUGCAGCCAAGUUCUUUUUUUAGUCCCCAGAGUCACUGAUUGAACACGGGCCUUUGAAUGUUUACCUUCAGCAGGGCUUGCCCUUUAUUUUUUCUGACAGUAGCCCGCAGGGCUAGUAAAUUGUGAUUUUUACUAGCCUGCAAAGAUUUUUACUAGCCCAUGAAAUGUGUGAAAAAAAUAACAAUUAAAGCAGGUUUUUGACUUAAGAAGGCUGGUCCACCAAGACGUUUCUAUCAACCGCUAUCACGUGGGGUGAUAGCGGUGUGUGGGUAGACUGGUUCCCGUUCUCUACUCACUCACCCGGCAUGAUUGUCCAAUGAGGGGCUUGCGAUCAGUGGUACAGCGAAGUCACUUACGAACCGGAUUGCACCAGUUUAUGGAUGCAGUAUCAGUUUAGGGUAUCUGGUUCCCAGUACGAAUUGUAUGUUAAUUAUAUUGAUCAUGUAGAGAGGUAACUGACUACUGGAGAUCAUUGAUGCGUUGAUGAAAGGGAACUAGGUACAAUGUACACGCAGUCCCAGCAAACAAUAUGGGAUUCCAGGUGCAAGUCAGAAGUGAUGUUGGGGUUUAUUUAAUUCCAAUUAAAUAAAAUUACAUUCAUGACACACAAAAGGUAAAGCUUUUAAAUCUAGACUUUGUUUUAUUUUCUGUAAUCACAUUAGAAAAACAAGGAACGUGUUCAUAUUUUAACUUGCCCGCCAGACGACUGAGGGAAGUGUUUUGACUCGCCCGUGACGAUUUUCGCUCGCAUUUGGCUAGCAGGCGACUGCUAAGGGGAAACCCUGCCUUCAGCAGUUUGAUGAAAUCAUAAAUGUGUCCUUUCGGGCACCCCGUUUGUGAGGAAAGCAUUGCAGUUGAUGUAUAGCGGUUGCUUAGUGCCUAUCACAAAACACCCUACCAUGAGGCAAUUACACAGAGCCGCAGUUUGUGUCUAAAUCAGGCUUGGCUGAGGCUCCGGCCCUCUAAGCCUUCUCAGGCUGGCCCCAGUUCGCCAUCUUCUGCCUACGGCUUGAGUUUGGGGCACUGACAUGUUACAGUGGAGGUCCAUAGCCGGACACUGAAAUGUCAGUAAUGGACACAGUCCAAGACUAAAAAUCCAGUAAAACACCUGGUCACCAACUUCCUGGCUUUUUUUUAUUCUGAAGCUACAGAAUCUGAGAGAAGAUAAAACAGGAAUUAUGGAAAUAUCGGUCAGGCUUUCUGAUGAAAAGAAGACUGAUGAAUAGCAAGCAAUACUGUCUGGUCAAGCUGAAAAACGAAACAUUAAACAUUGCUGGGCAUAAAACGUUUAUAUACCAGCUAAGGAUGCAUUCAGUGAAUGUUUCAUGUAACUGGUUUCCUGCUGGGUUUGGUCAACACAAAGUUGAACAACCUGUCAGGAUUUUAGAGCUGUGCUAAAUAUCUGAAUAUUCGAUUGAUUAUCGAAUAUUUGAAUACUUUUUGCAAAUUUGAAUAUUCAAGUACAACAUUCAC